GAUGUAAAAAUCUUUGUGUUACAGAAGAGCAGAGAGCUUGUGGAGUGUAUGAGAAGUCAAAAUAAUCAUUUAUUACAAAACAAUUUAAAAGUUAAGUCUUGUCGAUUUUCUUUUCCUGAGAUGUCUUCACAGAUGAUCAUUUUUGACCCUAUGAACAUUAAUCUGUCAAUAAUAUUUAAAAAACAAAGUUGUAUCUAUGUAAAAAAUAGAAUUUCCACACUUAAUAAACAAUGAAUUAAAAAAAAAAAGUUUGUAUUGUGAAUGAAUGAAAAUAAAAAUUCCUCUCUUUUUUUUUCACCAAUUUGCAUUUUAUAUACAUUAUUCUGAGGAGCUUUGUGAUAUCUAUUAACGAAGACAAACUUUUCCCUCUCUGUGAGCCCCAAAGCAGCUGCAUGCUGGAGUGUUUCUGCUAAGCUAAUCAUUAAGGAUAAUAAAAAGGAAGGUUAUAUCACCCAGAGUCACUUAAAUUCCGGUCAACUUUUCCAUGGAGCUUGGGCCAAGACGAGCGACAGUGGUGACACAGGGAGCAGACAUGGAUCAACACCUCAGCAGACCAACAUGGAGCAGGCAGAUAGAGUUCACUCUGGCUGGCAUCGGCUGUGCUGUCGGUCUGGGCAACGUCUGGAGGUUCCCCUAUCUCUGCUACAGGAGCGGAGGAGGUGCCUUUCUGGUACCUUACCUGCUCAUGCUGGUGGUGUUGGGGAUCCCUCUGCUCCACAUGGAGCUGACUGUGGGUCAGUACAUGAGGAGAGGGCCCGUCCACGCUCUGGCUAAUGCCUGCCCUCUGUUAAAAGGAGUGGGCAUGGCAUCAGUGGCAAUCUCCUUCAUCAUGUGCACCUACUACAAUGUUGUGAUCACCUGGGCCCUUUACUAUCUCUUCAGCUCCUUCCAGGCACCGCUGCCCUGGCAGAACUGCAACAACACCUGGAACACACCUAACUGCACCAAUCACGCCACCAACAGCAGCUUCUCCUCCACAGCCAGCCAGGAGUUCUUCAAAUUUAAGAUGCUGGAGCAGACGAGUGGAGUGGAGGAGAGCGGCGUGUUGCGGUGGGAACUUUUCCUCAUCCUCCUCCUGGCUUGGAUCCUCAUUUACCUCUGCAUCUUCAAGGGGGUGAAAUCAACGGGCAAGGUGGUGUACUUCACGGCUCUGUUCCCGUAUGUUAUCCUGAUCGCCCUGCUUAUCAAUAAUGUGCAGCUUCCUGGAGCAUUAGAUGGAAUAACCUUCUUUAUCGUGCCAGAAUGGGACAAGCUGCUCUCAGUGGAGGUGUGGGUGAAUGCUGCAGCUCAGAUCUUUAACUCCAUCGGGAUUGGUUUUGGUUCCCUCUUGGCCAUGUCCAGCUACAACUCCUUCAACAACAACGUUCUGAAGGACACCCUGACUAUAUCCAUCAUCAACUCCCUCACCAGUGUCCUGGCUGGCUUCGUCAUUUUCUCUGCUUUCGGAUACAUGUCUCAUCUGCAGGGCAUCCCUGUCCGCGAUCUGGCUGUGGAUGGUCCAGGACUGGUUUACGUUGUUUACCCACAAGCCUUUGCCAACAUGCCAGUGGCUCAGCUCUGGGCUGUGAUGUUCUUCUUCAUGCUGCUGUGCCUCGGACUGGACAGUCAGUUUGCAAUGGUUGAAGUGAUGGUGACGAGUCUCAUGGAUGAAUUCUACCAACACCUGAUCACAUUUUUCAAGCGGAAGGAGCUGUUUGUUCUUGCUCUUUGUGGUGCAGCCUGCCUUUUAGGAAUUCCUUGUGUGAUGCAGGUGGGAAUCUAUGUUUUCCAGCUGAUGGACCAUUACACCGCCAUAGUGUCCAUCAUGUUCCUGGCAUUCUUUGAGGUUAUAGCCAUCUGUUGGAGUUAUGGUGUGAAUCGACUUUCAGACAACCUGGAGGAGAUGACUGGAAAAAGAGCAAAUAUCUUCUUCAGGCUGUGUUGGCUGAUAGUUGCUCCUGUGCUGAUCACUGUUAUCCUCAUUUUCUCCAUCAUCCAGUUCAGACCGGCCCGCUAUGGGGACUAUGUCUUCCCUCCCUGGGCUCAGGGGGUUGGGUGGGUCAUCGCCCUGGCCUCCAUCAUCUGGAUUCCUUUGGGUGCAAUUCACACAUUGUGGGUGCUGCCUGGCUCAUUCAUGCAGAAACUGAAGCUGUCUUUCACGCCGUACGGCCUGGAUAAGAUGACAAAAAUGCCGUAUUAUGAGAGGGAAGGAAAAGACGGAUGUCCAGUCAUCGCUGUCAUCAGCUCCAACAUGUGUCGACCUGAAAAACCUCCCGUUCAGACAAACCUCUGAUAGCCUACCUCUGUGCUCUGCACAACCAUUAUGUUCACCGUGCCACCAUUAGUGGCAGGUUUUUGGCGAGCUCAAGUUAAUCAGAAACAGUUUGCCAUCAGACUUAAGUCUUGAACAAACAAAAAAGUAUAUUAUAAGAAUUAUUUACGUGAUUGUGAAACGUUUUGCUGCAUGUCUGCCAUGCAGAUAAUUUAAGAUGGAUAUUUUUGUAAGCCUGUGAAUUUAAUUUUGUGAGAUUUUGUUGAACUUUCUGUUCUGACUGUUUUGUUCAUUUUUGCUGUGUUAAGAUUUUGCGACAGAUGUGUUUAGAAUCUGUUAUUGUUGUGUGCAUCUUCAACAUCUGGCCAGCAUUUCCUCUGCUGUCAGCUUCACAGGAUGAGGGAGUGGCACCUCCGACUGAACAGGCUUCACUGUUCUCGUUUGUGGACAUGACUUUGUGAACGGCGCCAUCUUUUGGCCAUGUACUGUACGCUGCUGCAGUCUGAGCGUCGACAAAUCUGUGCUCAUAUACUGUACUUAAAUGUAACACUUACAUCUUAGCUAGUAAAUUAACAAAGGCCCAGUAUUUAAUAUUCACAGAUCAUACAGCUGAAUUUUGUCCUGAACCACUUCCCUUAAAAAACAUAAAGCACUUUGGCUCAAUUCAACAUGGCUGACUCAUUUAUUAGGUCAAAUGCAACAGGGCACUGCUGAUGAAAAUGAUACACGCUGAUGGUAAACAGAUGAGUACAUGGGUCAUGCCACUCUCAUGUGAUGUCAUGUCAGGUGUAAUAAAGACAUGUCACCAAGUCCACAGCUUGUCUCAUCUCUGCAGU